AUGAGCCGCCACAUGCUAUAUCCCUUAUACCAGUUGGAUAACCCUCAGCUGAGAAUAUUUCGCCCCACCUUCAAUCUUACCCUGGUCAGACCGGGCAAAGAACAGCCACCUGAUACAGUACAGUUUCGCAUUCCCUUGGAAAUGACCAAAUGUGAUGUGAGAAACUAUCUAGAGAAGAUAUACAGCGUUCCUGUAGCAGCCGUAUGCACAAGGAUCCAGUAUUGUACAAACAAGAAAAGAAACCACUUAAACCAGUGGGUGAGGAGGCCAGAUUACAAAGUGGCAUAUGUUAGCUGUGCUCAUUGCGGACAGACUUUCCAGUUCCCAGAUAUUUUUCCAGAGAAGGACAAGAAGCACGAGGAGGGCUCUAUUGAGGAGAUGCAGGAGAAGUUCAUGGAGGACGAGCGUCAGAGGCAGAAACCAGAUCCUAGAAGAGGUGGAGUCACUGAAUGGUUUGGCCUCUAG